GGACAGAGGAGGGGAGACAGGGCCAGGCACAGCCAUGACAGAAUCCCGGGAGGAUCAGAGCAGAGCCUCAGGGGAUGGGCACAGGCGACAGGGCCAGGGCUGUGCAGGGCCCAUGGGGAGGUGACAGGACAAAGGACCCRUGUGGGGACAGCGCCCGUGAUGGCUGUGACAGCAGGGUGUCCCCGCAGGCCAAGUACCUGGCACAGAUCAUCCUGGUGGGGGCCCAGGUGGUGGGACGGGCUUUCAUGCGGGCGCUGCGCCAGGAGUUUGCAGCGAGCCGGGCGGCGGCCGAUGCACGAGGACGCUCCGAGAGGCCCCAAUCCGCUGCCGCCUCCAGGAUCAUCGGCAUCAGCCUCCAGGAGGCUCAGCAGAUCCUCAACGUCUCCAACCUCAACCCCGAGGAGAUCCAGAAGAAUUAUGACCACUUGUUCAAGGUGAAUGACAAAUCAGUGGGAGGCUCCUUCUACCUGCAGUCCAAGGUGGUGAGAGCCAAGGAGCGGCUGGACGAGGAGCUGCGCAUCCAGGCCAAGGGCGACAAGGAGAAGGGGCGGAAAGCCGAGACGUGACUGCUGCCACCCCUGCCCCCGUGUCCCUCACCCUUAACUUAUAGGUAGCCAAUAAACACCGUGUCCUCCAGCGCCUGGCCUGGCUGCUCCACACCUGGGGAGGGAGCGGGGACCUGCCCAGUGCUGCCCCGGAGGGAUCGGCCCCUGCGAGGGGCUGCCUUUGCCCUGGGGAGGAGGAGGAGGCAGCUGGGGAAGAAGGGGUGUCCCUGGGGCACAGAGGCUGCCAGGGCUCAAAUGGCACCAGGGGAGGCUGCGGGAGCUAUUUUUGGUGGGGACGUUGGAUGCUCUUGGAUGGAGUGUACGGCUACCUCUGGCUCCAUACCCUGGGAGUGCUGUGCCAUUGCUUUCUCCUCGUGUGGAUGACUGCUGGGUCGGGGUGAGGGGCUGUGAGGGGACACGCUGUGGCUGUCCCCAGCUGCAGYUCACAGACCCUGGCAGGGCUUCACUGGUGCCAAGGCUGCCUGAGCAGGAGUGUGGGAUCAGACAGAGCCAGCUGUGCCCCCGAGGUCACACCCAUCCCCCCCUGCCCCUCUGUCCCCAGCGUGGGCUCCUCACCGCUGCCACCACGACCACGGGACUGAAACAGGAACUUACUUCAACUUCACUUUAUUGUUUUCUUAAUAAACUUCCUCUCCCCUGGA